UUGUUCAAAAUUUUUUUGAUAAAUAUUUUUAUUAUAGAAACAACUGUUGGUUACCAAGAUUAUACUCAACAACAUAUACGCUAUGAAAUGCCGCCACCACCAACACAUUCUUCUCCAACAAUCAUUGUAACUACAAAUCAAACACCUCCAUUUUUGCAACCUUUGCGUCAUCGUCCUUAUUGUCCUUUGGAAUUUUGGAGUAUUAGUGAAAGAGUCGCAACAGAAUUGGUUAAUGCAAAUUGUGCUAUGGAAAUGGCACAAUUACAGAUUAAGCAAGCCAAUAAUAAACAAUUAUCUUCAUUGCCAAAUUGGAUAUUAUCAUUUUGGGAUGAUUUUGAAAAGCAACGAGACAAUAUUCGUUCACAAGUAGUUUCAAACAAAAAGAGGAAUCAACGAAAGCAUGUAAUCAAAGAAGAUUUGGUAGUAAACACAUUAAAUGAAGCGUCCUAUGAAACUGACCAGGCAAUCUUAAAUACUUUGGAUAUGUUGUCACAUCAUGUCCAGGGAUAUGUUAAUGGAUUAUAUUUUGAUGUUAAAAAUGAAAAAGGACAAUUACAACAACAACAACAAGUGGGUGGUGAUGAUUCAUUGGAAUUUAAUGAAAGUUUGAAUAGUAGUAAUAUUAUUAAUAGUAGUGGUGUUGGGGGACGUAUGAAACCAAGUACUUCUUCCUCUUCUGCUUUUCGAUAAGAAAAAAAUUUUUUUUUCUGAUUUAACAUUUUUGCAUAAAAAAUUUUGAGAAAAUUUUUGAAAAAUUUGAAGGUUCAGGUGUGUUAUUUACACUUGUUAGAGAUAUUGAUUUAAAUAUAGUUAGUUGGUAUUUUGUAAUAUUUCCCUCUUGUGGUAUU